AUCCCCGACGGUGCGUGCGCAAAUCGAUCGCCGUACGAAUACGUUAGUUUGUGUGCGUGUGUGUGUGUGUGUGUGUGUGCGUUUGAGCGUGGACGGGUGCUCGGGGAAGGGAUUUGGGAGCGCGCAAACGCCGCCCGGCGGCACAGCGACAGCGUCAUCACCGGCAGCACCGGCAGUCGGCGGAUCGGCGCGUUCCGUGUGUCUGGCCUAGUACACAUCGUUGGCUGUGUAAUUGUUGUCGUCGUACUUGGGUACGUACGUGUGUUUGUUCGCAUACCACGGUACAGGCGCCGCUCGCGCGUAACGUACUGAAGCACGCCAAUACAGCCGCGCUGCGCCGUACACGUCACGCUACACGACAGUGGUAUACACCCGAUCCUGCCCGAGCCCCGCUGACUCCGACAUCGCCGUUUCCAUAUUAAUAUUAUAAUAACAAUAUUACCAUUAUAUUGUUACGAGUACGGCCGAAGACCACGCCGCCGGGGCGUCGCCGACGACGAACGCCGUGCGCCAGACGCCGCCGUCAUGACGCCCGUCAUCAAUUCGACGACGUUGGCAACCGUGCCGCUAGCGUGACAUGGACAAGCGUGCGGAACACGUGAGGAAAUUGCCUCCGUUGGCCUCGUCCGAAGAUCUCAGUGAGGAUUUAUUAGACAGCCCGGAAGCUGACGCCAAAAACAAAUGUUUGGAAGACAUCGAGGAAGUGCCGAACACGCCGGCCAAGGCGUCAAGACAACAGACGAUAUGUUUGGCGAUGCCAAACACUCCGAGGAUAGACAUCUCUCGAGCCAGCAGUUCUUCGCAUCACGACGACAGUAGUCCCGAGAGAGAUUUGUUUGUCGAUGCUGACGGAAAAUCAGUUGAAUCUGUUAAAUCUGGUCUAGGAUAUACGGAAGAGAUUAUACCUGACCUCCAUAGCAGUACUGAAGAAUUAAACUUUCACGACUUAACGGAAUCGGAAAUCAGAAGGCGGCGGUCAAAACUGCAGCCUCAAUACGCGGUUUCUGACGCUACUAUGGAUACGGAUUUUGCUGCUGAUCGAAGAGAUACAGCUAGCGAAUCCGGUUUUUUGUGCAUUAGUGGUCGUAGUAGCCGAGUUUCUUCAGUAGGAUCAGUACAUUCUACUGCCUCCAUAGCUUCUGCAGCAUCACGAUUGUCUGCUGCAUCGAAUUAUUCCAGAGCUUCCAGAGGUUCAUCACCACAUAGAGUUCUUUUGGAGACAUCAUUUUGUGGUCCAAAAUCACCCGAACACUUUGCCAAUCGCCAACUGAUCCCUUUCAACGACGACGACGACGAUUUAAGUGAACCAACUGUCAGGCCAAAAUUAGCAGACAUUGAAACUCAGACAGAACGAAGACCAAAAAAAGUACACGUAGAAUCUGUCAAAAAGGAAAUAAAAAACGAUCAAGUUAAAGCAAAAGUAAAGAAAACUAAGUCAAAAGAAAUAAAAGAGGUUAAAGAAAUAAAAGUGGUCAAAGAAAUAACAGUUACAAAAGAUCUGACCAUGGAAAACGAAUCAAAAGAAAAAAAAACAAAAACAAAACCUACUUCAAAAGUAAAAGUCGUUCUUGAUAACCCAAAACAACAAAAAUUUGUACCACUAGACAGUCUUGAUGACGACGAUAUAGAAAUAAUUCAGGGUAAUGCACCAAAACAAGUUCCAACAGCUAUACCAAGGGAAAAGUCAUCUCGCCCAAAGAUAUCUACAGGAGAAAAUCAAAUUUACAUUCCAUUAAACCCUGAUCCGAACGAACAAGGAUCUGCAAAUCCUACUAGUCCUAAACGAUUAAAGCCGUUUACAAAUCGGACAUUAGUAGAUUUUAUCAAUAGAGAUCCGGCCACUAUCGAAUCUUCUAAAAGAAUAAGGAGACCUAUAAGAUCAAGCUCACCAGGAAUCAGAGAAGAAUUUAAAAAGUUCAUAUCAAGUACAGAUGAAGAGGCUGACGGAGCUCCGAUACAACCUGUCAAGUUAAGAAAACAAAUGAGUAUUGAAAUGACUAAAAGAAAGUCUAUAGAUCAAGAUUGUUCUUCCAGAUCCAUGUCACCGUCAAUAUUUGAAGAGUUUCAAAAGUUUAUUUCUGAACCAGAAGAUGGAGAUAUAAAUGUUACAAAACUUGAAACAAAAAAUCGUUGUUCAGCCAUUUCCAUUACGAGCCGUGAAGUACAAUCUGUAGUUGGGGCUGGACUAACAGAUAGCCCAAAACUUGGAAGAUCCUUAUCUCCAUCAAUACACGAAGAAUUUCAUAAAUUUAUGGCACAACCAGACGACGAAGAAAAAGGUAUCAUACAUAAAACAUUACCUCACACAGCAUACAAAAACCCUAUCGAAGGUAGUCCUUCAUUGUCGACUUCAAGUAACAUUCGUUCCAUCUCACCCAGUAUUUACGAAGAGUUCCAAAAAUUCAUUGUAGAACCAGAAGGUAAUGAUAAUUUACUACCAGCACCACCACCGAGAAAACACGAUAAUGAUUUACAUCCAGAUGAAGUUUCCUGUAGUAGAUCUGUAAGUCCAGGAAUUCUAGAUGAAUUCCAAAAGUUCAUAAGUGAACCAGACGAUGAUUCAUCGGGUAGAAGAAUAUGUGAUCCUGCACCACCCGCAAAAAGUCAACAAAUGAUUAAAGUUCAAGUACAUUGUACACCUGGAAGUCCACCGCCGGAACAAAUAGUCAUUAAAAAUUCAGGAAGACCUAAAUCUGACGAUCUAGUGAAAAUCAUACCACUUAAAAGCGAAGACGACGAUUCAGGUCAGCUACAAUCUGUCUCUUCAUCGCAAGCUCAGAUCCUCAGGAGGCGUUCCGAGUCUUCCAAGGAAGCCAGGCCGAAAACCGGUACAAUGGAUAAAUCUAAGGACCGUAGAGGAUCAAGUCGUUCGCUGUUGGGAUCACUUCUACACCGAGCUAGCAGUUUUAGAAGUAUUAACAAGAAAUCUCCAAAACGAUCUAGUGCCUCGGAGUUUGUUGAUAUUGAUCCAAAAUUCACUAACGUAGAGUUCAAAUUUAAUCAAGAUAUAGAAAAGGAUACGGUUAUAAUUCCAUUACACUCCCCUAAUGAUAGUUUUGACGAACUCGUUGUUAGCGAUUCAGAUUCAAAUAUCACAAGGGCAGUUGUUCACGUUUCAUAUGAACCUAAGCAAGUAGAAACAGAAACCGUAUCGAAUAAACAAUUAUUCGACGAUUUGGUAACACACCAAAACAAAGUGCUAAUAGAAUCAAUGGAUACAGUUAAUGUUGUUGAUGAUACUGUUAAAAGUGUUCAAAUCAUCAAAGAUGACAUUUGGAACGGUAACGAAAUCGAUGAUUGCAAAAUUACAAAUAAUUUAGUGAAACUCGAAGAGUCGUCAUUAUCACCUGGGUUCAGUAGAUCACAAGAUCCGGUGCACUCGGCCAACAGCAACGAUACAUCACCAGACUCGGAAGUGAUGUCGUCGCUUUCAGUUGCGGCCACCGAAGAAGAGAAGAAAAAAUUAUUCAGCCACCCAAAUUCGGUGGAAGAAGAAUUGCCACACGUCCCAACAACACUUCCGCUAGAAAGAUCGGUGGCCGUGCCAAUUAUACCCGUGAAGCACCGGAUCGCCGAGACGAAGACUUGUUCGUUGGAUAGGCCGACUCCUCGGUGCAGCACACCCAGUGCCACCGACUUGCCUUCGGGACUAGGCACUUACGCCAUCGCAGCCGCGUUCGAAGACUCGCCAGUCAUCGCCAGCAAAAUACAAAUCAUACUACCGAAAUUCAACAAGCCCGCAACCACCGUCCAGACACCGACUACCGAUCCUCCGAGGCGCCGCCGAGCCCGCAGCGUCAACGUGCCUGUGGGCUGCUCCCGAGGCCGCUGGGUGGACUUCGACGACGACGACGACGACAACCUCAAGCGCGGAGGAGAGGCGUCGUUCAAGCCCAGGUCGCCCAAGAAGAUCACCGUCCUACCCAUGUCCAUGAGACCCCGACGGCGAUCGUCGUCCACCCACGCGGACCACAGCCGUUGUGGGUGCGACUGUCACCUCCACGGGGGACACGAAACGUGGCCCGCGGUCACCAGGAACAGAAGCGACACGACUUAAACGAAACCCAAACCAAAAGAGUCGUCGUAUUUAUAGAAGUAUAAUGAACGACGGACCCAGUCGUCGUUUUCCGUCUCAGAAUUCGCUUAGGUGGUAAUGAUAUUAUAUAUUAUUCUAAUUCACUGUUACGAAAUACUGUUUAUAUACUGUUAUCAUAUUCAUUGCGAUUUUACUCACGUCGAAACGAUAUUUUAUAUUAGGUAUGUUAUUUAUAUUCAUUAUGUACCCGUCUAAUUAUUAAAAUAAUUAUGUUAUACUAUGUAUGAAAUAAAAAAUUUAAGAAAUAUUAAAAAUAUACUGUAUACUAGCUGCAGCGCCGUGCGGCGUGCGAGUUAUACAGAAUAUUGUAGACAAAGACGCGUAAACUGCAGCGUAGGUGUUCGGCCAUAGGCGACAAAAAUCGUGCUCAGAAUACAAAAUUCUGUAUAAAAAAAAAUAUAUAAUAAUAAAUUGAAAAAUAACAGUUAAAUUUUACGCACUGCCAUUCUUUAAAAAAAAUAUAAAAAAUAAAUGAGCUGACGACGGUUGUUGUACACCUACGUACGAUGAUUCUGUAAUAAUCUCCACUAUACGUUUAAUAAAUCGUCCUUUGGCCACUUUUUCACUUUACAUUUUUAAAAUAAUAUACAUAUUAUAAUGUAACGAUAUUCUUACGGUAAAGGUUUAAAAAUAUUCUAUUUAUUCAUUUUCAUAGAUGUUUUAUUGUUAUUAUAAUACUAUUAAUUUAUUAUUAUUAUUAUUAUUAUUAUUAUACAUGCGACAAUGUAUUCUGCGUGGAUAGAUGUGUUAAAAGUUCCUUUAAGGCCGACCCUGGCGAUAAUCAUAAUAUUAUACUUUUUUGCCACAAAUCGAUACGAACUUCGCGUAAUACGGAAAAUUAUUAUGCCACACAAUAUUAUUGAGCAAUUUGUAUGCGUCUAAACUCGAUAUUCCCAACAUAUUACAAAUCUAUAAUAUUAUAAUAAGACAAUAUUAUAAUUAUUUAAUAAGUUCAUAUUAUGGAACAAUACUAUAAUAAAUCGUACGUUUUUAUUCUGGUUAAUUGCGUGUGAAAAGCUGACCAAAGAUUCCAUGGAUGUAUUAUAGUAAGUACUUGAUGCGGGGCCAAUUUUGGUCAAGGAACUUUUUCAAGCAAAUACAUUUUUUUUUUUAGAAUCUUUCGACAUGUUUAGCAAAAAUUACACAUCUAAGUGUUAAAUAUAUUUAUUAUUAUUAUAUAAUUUAUUGUUAAGUUUUAAAUUCUAGAUGUUUUAGACCAAAUAAAUAGAAUUAAAAACGUUGAAUAGGUUAUAUAUUAAAUCAUUGUUGUCCCUCAGACAAUGCAAAUAUUAUGUUUUUCAAGUUUUUAGACCAUAACUUUUCCACUUGGAUGACUUUGUUCACUUAAUAAUUUAGUUGUUAAGAUUGAACUACAAAAUGAGCAAUUUUUUAUUGAUGCAGAGUAAUCACAAUACUAUACGUAUUGAUUAAUAAUGCAAUUUAGCUAAAUAAAAUGCUAAAAUAACUAAUUUGGCUCAUUCUUAAAUUGUAUUUUAUAUUGUUUUAUUUAAUUUUUUUCGAAACAAAUGAUUAUUGCAUGAAAUUAAGUCUAUUUAACGUACGUGAUUAAAUGUACGACUGAUUUGUUUCUAAUUUUUAACCCUAUUGUACAUGAAAAAAACAUGUUAUUUUAUACUGUUGUUAUUUGUGUAUUAUGUAUGAAAGAGAUUACUAUUAAAGCGAAAACAAUUUAUAUUAGUC